CCUGAUCCACCGGGAGAGGCCGUCCCGGCACCUGAUCCACCGGGAUCCCGCUGCUCACCCCGGGAGAGGUUGUCCCGGCACCCGAUCCACCGGGAGAGGCUGUCACGGCACCUGAUCCAUCGAGAUCCCGUCUCCCAGCUCGGGAAGGGCUGUCCCAGUCAGUACCUGAUCCACUCACUGGAUCCCGCCGCACAGCCCGAGAGAGGUCCCAGCACCCGAUCCACCGGGAGAGGCUGUCCCGGCACCCGAUCCACCGGGAGAGGCUGUCCCGGCACCCGAUCCAUCGAGAUCCCGUCGCUCAGCCCGGGAGGGGCUGCCUGCCCCGUGAGCUGCUCCGCCCGGGUCGCAGCGGGACAGAUCCCGGCCAUGUUCGCGUUUUUGGUGGUGCUGUGUCAACUCCACGUGAUGAUGUUGGCGUUUCCUCACUGCCCUGGGAGAUUAAGUAACUUGAAGCAACCUGAAUGGAAAGAUGUGUUCACAUCUGCUAGGGAGGCCAAUUUAUUCAUUGGACGACAUCUUCUGAACAACAGAUUUGAUUUUGAAGCAUUCACAGCUGAUAAUCUGGAAAGGGAAUGCUAUGAAGAACUGUGCAAUUAUGAAGAAGCAAGAGAAAUUUUUGAAGACCCAGAUAAAACGAUGGAUUUUUGGAAAGACUAUUCAACUAAAGGUACUAAAAUAAAAAUAGGUGAUGAGACACUACAGAAGAUUAACGUCACGGGACUGCUCAUCAGCCUGGUUGCUGCUGGAGUGCUGCUGGUUACAAUUACACUGAUUAUCUUCUACUGCUGCAAGAGCAGAUGCAAAUCAAGGCAACCACCAGGGUACUUGGAUUACGUGAGAAGCAGAAGACGUAAUUCAGCCAACAUCUUCAGGAGGCACGAAGAGUUUUCUUUAAACCCCCUUCCUCUCCGAGCUGACGAUUCAGAACUACCCACUUAUGAGCAAGCAGUUAAUUCAGAUGGACUACACCAUGUGCCCCCACCCCCUUACCCAGGGCCCCCCAGAAAUGCACGAGUCUUUCAAAAGUCCAUGUCUCUUCCUGGCCCCUAGGCACAAACCUCCUGCUGGGGUCAGGGAGGGGAUCACUGGAACAUAACAUACUUUUGAAAAAGUGUGUGCUACCUUGCAUAUUGCAAGAUGAUUUAUAAAAAUGUGAAAGAUCUUUUGGACAACUAGGAACAAGUGAAGUUCCCAUUUGGGAAAAGAGGUCACCUGUUGGAAAGGCUGCAGGACUAUUCUCUGCACAAAGUCACUGUGCUAAGAGGAGAGAAUGCAUAAAGAGCAACUUCUUGUACUGCUGCCCUCUUCCAUAUGAGCCAUCCCAUCAAACUAUCGAUGUUUUAUUAAUAAUUUCAUCUUGUUUUUUCUUCAGAAA